AUGACCGAAGAAUUAGACUGGAUUCCUGUGCUGCUCUGCCCCAAAUAUAAACACGUAAGAGGAGAGAUUAUCCUGAAGAUAACAGAUUUUACAACAAGUAAGAUGUCGUACAGGAGGGAGAGAAAUGUACGAGAAGUCUAUGAGGAUCGCUUUAUAGGCGAAAGACCGGGUCCAUAUCCUCGGGGAGGAGGAUCAGCGGAGCGAAGGGGUCCUUACAGACCAGAGGAAGAAUACGGUCGCAGUGGUUAUGAAGCAGGUCCUCGGUUUUUCCCAAACGGAGGUGGUCCACGCAAUUACCAUGCAGACACUGUUCACUUCCCUGCAGAACGAAGGGCAGGCCCAGCCUCUAGACGGGUGAGGGAGUGA